AGAUACCGAGAUAUUGGGCGCUGAAAAGGAAGGACCCUUGUCCAGCGGGGAAACAACUACUCUACUACCAGCCAGAGCAGCAGCUGCAGCAGCUUUAACUGGGAUUCACGUGUAUUUCGUUACUUUGCUCUCGAGCAUCGUAACCCAGGGCAGUGUGUGAAACAUGGCUGAUAAAGAGGUGUACGAUGAUGCGGUGGAGGAAAGGGUCAUCAAUGAAGAGUACAAGAUCUGGAAGAAAAACACACCUUUCCUCUAUGACCUGGUGAUGACUCAUGCUCUAGAGUGGCCCAGUCUCACUGUCCAGUGGCUCCCAGAUGUCCGCAGGCCGGAAGGGAAAGACUACGCUGUCCACAGGCUGGUUUUAGGGACCCAUACAUCCGAUGAACAGAACCACCUUGUGAUUGCCAGUGUCCAGGUGCCAAACGAUGACGCCCAGUUUGAUGCCUCGCACUAUGACAGCGAAAAAGGAGAGUUUGGUGGAUUUGGUUCAGUAAGCGGGAAAAUAGAGAUCGAGAUCAAGAUCAACCACGAGGGAGAGGUGAACCGAGCCCGCUACAUGCCCCAGAACCCCUUCAUCAUCGCCACCAAGACUCCUACGUCUGACGUUCUGGUCUUUGACUACACUAAGCACCCGUCUAAGCCAGACCCCAGUGGAGAAUGUAGUCCUGACCUGAGGCUGAAAGGUCACCAAAAAGAAGGAUAUGGUCUUUCCUGGAAUCCCAACCUCAGCGGAAACCUUCUCAGUGCCUCUGAUGACCACACCAUCUGCCUGUGGGACAUUGGCGGUGGCCCAAAGGAAGGUAAGAUACUGGAUGCUAAGACCAUCUUCACCGGACACACCGCAGUGGUAGAAGACGUUUCCUGGCAUUUGCUCCAUGAAUCCCUGUUUGGCUCAGUGGCCGACGACCAGAAGCUCAUGAUAUGGGACACUCGAUCCAAUACAACAUCCAAAGCUAGCCAUGCAGUAGAUGCUCACACUGCUGAGGUCAACUGUCUGAGCUUCAACCCGUACAGCGAGUUCAUUCUCGCCACCGGUUCUGCUGACAAGACUGUUGCAUUGUGGGAUCUAAGGAACCUGAAACUGAAGCUGCACUCCUUUGAGUCGCACAAAGAUGAAAUCUUCCAGGUACAAUGGUCUCCUCACAAUGAGACAAUCCUGGCCUCCAGCGGCACUGACCGACGCCUCAACGUCUGGGAUCUCAGUAAAAUUGGGGAGGAGCAGUCAGCAGAAGAUGCCGAGGACGGCCCACCAGAACUUCUGUUCAUCCAUGGUGGCCACACCGCCAAGAUCUCCGACUUCACCUGGAACCCCAACGAACCGUGGGUCAUCUGCUCGGUGUCAGAGGACAACAUCAUGCAAGUCUGGCAGAUGGCGGAGAACAUCUACAACGACGAGGAACCGGACAACACGCCUGCAUCAGAGCUGGGCACAGGCAUCAUAAGCAGCCCUGCAAAAAUCUGUCAGAAAACCAUCUCCCUCUUCUCUUUCCUGAUCUCUAAACCCCCCGCCCCUCCAUGACUUGUCCCUCCUCUCUCAUCUUCAGUCCAGUGCAAAAUGUAAAAUGUUCUCGCCACAUGAAUGAACAGCGUGGAGAGUCACAGAUACGGUGUGGACGACAGGCCGCUGCUCUCAGGCCUUUCUUGCUUACUCUUCAUCACUUCGGCCCAGGUACCUAAAGCACGCGAGCCCAUGAUUAGAUACGAUCUCAAAUGUCGCUCCGCCUCCAGUGUCUGGGGGUUGGGAGCAGAGAAAUAAUCCUCCGUUCAUGUCAGAGAGUUUAAAAAAAGAUAAGUGUUCUUUUCCAUUUGGACUCAUGAGGAGACAGGAAACCAGUGAAUAGGCUUCUGUGAAGACGUAAAUAUGGAAAGGAAACCUGCACAAUUGAAAAGUACCCGAACACUGCUUUAAAGAUACCUGAACUGCCCUUCUAGCUGAUUCAUUUUCCCACCUGUUGAGCUGGUACUGCCAUAUUUACUGCCGGUCUUAAAGAAACAUUCCCCGUCGUGUUGGUUCUUGGUCAUCAGGUACAUUUAAAGAGUGGUUGUGUGAGGACCUGACACAGACAUGUGACUGUUGUCUGCAGCAGGAAUAGAUCCAGUCAGCAGUCUCUCUUGCUGGAGGUAAAAAAACACCCAUCUCCUCUUCUGGUAAUAGAGAGAAAAGUGUUUUACGCAUAUUUAACAGUAUACUCACAUAUAAUGGAGGAUGCCUGAUCAUAAUUAUUUUAACUUUCACAUUACACUUUUCCUGACUGGAGAUUUAUGUUUGUAAACCACUCGCUCUCCCGCAAUUUAGUCCACAGAGAUAAUCUCUGUUAUUAAACUCACAAGGAAACAGGAACUGCAGGAUUAUUACUACUGCCUCUUUUGGCAAGUUUGUGUUUUUUAGGUCAAUUUAGGAAUAGGGUGAGAUGGAGGCAGAUGAUAGCAGUGUGGUGACCCCCCCCCCCCCCAAAAGGGAGAAGCCGAAAGAGGUAAAAGAAGUGUUUUUUAGGUAAAUGCAUAAAGAUUUCAAAGAUCAGUGUCGCAAAGAAGGGGGAGUAGCAGUGUGAGUGUUUGCAAAGCAACAAAAACCCUCACUGUCUAACGUUUUACCUACAUGAGGGUCAUGGGAGUCUGGAGCCAACCCCAGCUGACGUAGGGUGAAAGGCGCGGUACAUGCAGGUCUCCAGUCGAGGCCAUCACAGGGCAAACAACCAUUUACUCUUACGAUCACACUUACGCGUGUGUCCAAUUAACCUCUGUGUGUUUUUGGACUGUGGGAGGAAACUGGAGUACCCGGUGAAAUCCCACAUGCACACAGAAAUGCCUUUGGUCGAGCCAGGAUUCACACUGGUGACCUUCUUGGUGUGAGGCAACAGUGCUCGGCACUUCUCUGGUGUGUGGCCUGCGACAGAAAGUCGGCGUCGCCUCUGUAUCAGUACCUCACACAACCACACUUCAUAAAACCAUAAUUAUCUCUUUUUUUUAACUCAGUAUGUGGCUCAAUUGAGACACGGGGCUCCGUUACUUUCUUCUUUUUCUCGUUACAUGUUCUUGUUGAAAAUGGCCUUGUAUUGUGUCCUGCUCCACAAUAUACAAUAAAACUUUUGUAACUUUUCAAAA